ACAUAGUAGAUGAUCUUAGGCAAGGUUGGGUUCUUCUCUUUAGUGGUGUGCUUUUAUUGUUUUCUCUGAUUUCACCGUUCACCUCCACUUCUCCGCCGCCGUUUACACUUUCCUUGGUGCUCCUCUCUCAGGUAAAUGGGUUUGUGGACAUUACUUGAGGGGUUCCUUCUUCUUGCAAAUGCACUAGCAAUACUGAAUGAGGACCGAUUUCUUGCACCUAGAGGAUGGGGCUUAUCAGAUUUUUCAGCUGGCCAGACAAAGUCUUUCAAAGGCCAGGUUUUAGGUCUCAUUUAUGCAACACAGUACCUAAGAUUUCCUCUUAUACUUCUGAACUCUAUCUGCAUUAUCGUGAAGUUAGUUUCUGGAUGACGCCAGCAAGGUUCAAGAGUGAUCAUCAGAUUAUUUCAAAAUGUUCUUAGAUAGGAAAAUUGGACAGUGAUUAUCUACCCAAAAAGGGUCAAAUUGUAUUGUAGAAAUAUACAUUAAAAGUGACCUUUUUAGGAUAUUUGUUGUCGUCAAAUCAAGUUUGCCAUAGUGACAUAGCGAAUCAGAAAAUGAGUUCAUCGUGGUUUUGAUAUUAAUUGGGCGGGUGUUGUAUUCAUUUUUUAAGAGUUGGUGACCCUCUUCAAAUUUUCCUUGUGUAAAUUCAGAUUGAUUUUAACUGCUUUUUGCUUGAUA